AAAAUGAAAGACAAUAUAUUGGAUGAGCAUAUCUGUCCACUAAUGGGGAAAAAGGGUCUUUGUAGGUCGUGGCAAGCCGAGGGGAAGGCGUGGAGGGCGACGCCAAGCCUCAGCUACAGUCACACACCCCCCGGUUGAGUGUUCCCUGUCAUCCAGUGUGGAGGUUCCCUCAGAAAUACUAAAUCCUUAAGAGGAAUUUGAGAAAAAUAUGGAGAGGCUCUCAAACAUUUUGGCAUCAUGUCCUUCUGCUGAGCCUCAAAGAAGCUCUGCUUCAUCAUGGUCUUUUCGGCAGCAGAAAGCCUCAGAGCGCUGGAAAGAGGCAAGACCAUACCACCUACAAUGCCUUAUCGCAAAGGAGGCUCUUGGUCAUCCCUCGUGUUGCCUUUGCCAUGAGCCUGCUGUUAUCAGGUGCAGAGAGUGUCUUCCUGAGGAUUGGUUCUGUGGGGACUGUGAUGUAUUGCAUCACAAAAAACAGCCACUCCACAACAGGGAAAGUGUGAUUCAUGGGUUUUUUGAAGCCAUUCCUCCAACCUCAUGCAUCAUUAAAGGAGAUGGUGGAUAUUGCACCCAUGAGCAAGCUUGCAUUUUGCCAACUGUGAAGGUGCCAGACUGCUCCUGUGAAGGCACAAACUUCACUGUAUUACCAGGCAAACCAGUGGUUUUGAUUACCAUCAAUGGGCGUUUUGACUUGAAUCAGCCACUAUAUGAAUGUCAAGCAUGCCAGCAGCAGUGGACUCCUGAUUCGAAGGUCCUCCUUAGGAGUGGAUAUUGGCCAGCCUCUGUCAGCAAUUCAACGCUGUAUACACUGGACCUCCUGAGCUCCUUUCAGGAGCUCAAGGUCAUCGCUCCAGGAUUCUCCAGACAAGCCUUUGCAAAGCUGCUGGAGCAUCGGACUAAGUGUGGAGGAAGAUCUGGACAUAUCAACGGCGAUGCAUUGCAGCGGAGCUUCUUGGAGUUCUCCUACGCUUCUUUUGAAGAAGACCAGCUCUGCUGUAGUGCUCCUUUCACCUGCCCAGCCUGCACACCGGAAAUGCUGGCUGUUUCCGCCGAUGGCAACAGAAAGCUAUAUCGUUUUCAACGAAACACAAGCUCUGAUGAUCCUGGUUUUUUUGAAGGGCUCUUUGUGGCUGAAGACAGUGCGGUGUCUACAUUUGUCGACACCAUACAGAAAGCAGUGAGAAAUGCAAGUUUUAAUUUUAACUUGACAAAAUAGUUGUUACAAAAAUAACCAUGUGUCCUGGAUUUCCUCCCCACU